AUGACAACUUUAGCUCUUUUAAAUUGCAGCAUUGAAAGUAGCUGGCGCGGUUUUACAGUUCGCAGGAGGAUAAAUACAAUGAGCGUUCAUGCUGUCUGUGGAGAGAAAUGGAGGAAAGUUCCAGUGAAAGUUCUCUCCAGUCAGCUGAGAGAAGCUACAGUGAGCACAGCAGAAAGCGGGAAGAGCGAGUACAGUAUACAGAGACUGGGCAGCAGCGGCUCGGAGCGGUUAGUGGUGUCUGUAGUGUGGAUGCAGGGAACUGUGGUGAAGGCGAGCACCGACCAAAACACUGUACUGCUGCUGGAUCAGACUGGAAACUUUCACAUAGACGGAGUUAAAGGCAUUCCGAAAGGAAAACCCUGCCUCAGCCCUGGUAAAUAUGUGAUGGUUAUGGGGAUUAUUCAGUCCCACAGUCCUGAGCCUGUGCUUCGUGCAGUGAAGAUGGCAGAUCUUUCAGACAAUGCAGCAAUUCACAGAAGAAGCUGGAAAUAUGAAGUUGAAGACCUACAACAGACUUUGCCAUGAUCAACUAUAGUACUGUACAGAGCUUUAUUCAACACGGUUUAUUUUUUUCUUACCCAAAAAUGAAGAUCCCUGCACAAGCCAGCCAGGUCAUCGAACCAGAAUUGUAAUCCAGUCGAGACACUACAGUUUGUGUACACAUAGGGCAAACCGUUUGCACCGGAAGAUCUCCAAAGACAGUCGGCUGCACGUACACCGUCUGCACUGAAACUAAACAAGGGCCAUAAAAAUGUGUCAUUCA